CCCUCCCCCGCCGCGGAUCCUGGCCGCUGCCCUCCAGACCCAGGAUGCCGGGGGGCAAGAGAGGGCUGGUGGCACCGCAGAACACAUUUUUGGAGAACAUCGUCAGGCGCUCCAGUGAAUCGAGUUUCUUACUGGGAAAUGCCCAGAUUGUGGAUUGGCCUGUAGUUUAUAGUAAUGACGGUUUCUGUAAACUCUCUGGUUAUCAUCGAGCUGACGUCAUGCAGAAAAGCAGCACUUGCAGUUUUAUGUAUGGGGAAUUGACUGACAAGAAGACCAUUGAGAAAGUCAGGCAGACUUUUGACAACUAUGAGUCAAACUGCUUUGAAGUUCUUCUGUACAAGAAAAACAGAACCCCUGUUUGGUUUUAUAUGCAAAUUGCACCAAUAAGAAAUGAACAUGAAAAGGUGGUCUUGUUCCUGUGCACUUUCAAGGAUAUUACGUUGUUCAAACAGCCAAUAGAGGAUGAUUCAACAAAAGGUUGGACGAAAUUUGCCCGAUUGACACGGGCUUUGACAAAUAGCCGAAGUGUUUUGCAGCAGCUCACACCAAUGAAUAAAACAGAGGUGGUCCACAAACACUCAAGAUUAGCUGAAGUUCUUCAGCUGGGAUCAGAUAUCCUCCCUCAGUAUAAACAAGAAGCGCCAAAGACGCCACCACACAUUAUUUUACACUAUUGUGCUUUUAAAACUACUUGGGAUUGGUUGAUUUUAAUUCUUACCUUUUACACCGCCAUUAUGGUUCCUUAUAAUGUUUCCUUCAAGACAAAGCAGAACAACAUAGCCUGGCUGGUACUGGACAGUGUGGUGGACGUUAUUUUUCUGGUUGACAUCGUUUUAAAUUUUCAUACAACUUUUGUGGGACCUGGUGGAGAGGUCAUUUCUGACCCCAAGCUCAUAAGGAUGAACUAUCUGAAAACUUGGUUUGUGAUCGAUCUGCUAUCUUGUUUACCUUAUGACAUCAUCAAUGCCUUUGAAAAUGUAGAUGAGGGAAUCAGCAGUCUCUUCAGUUCUCUAAAAGUGGUGCGUCUCUUACGACUGGGCCGUGUUGCUAGGAAACUGGACCAUUACCUAGAAUACGGAGCAGCAGUCCUUGUGCUCCUGGUGUGUGUGUUUGGGCUGGUGGCCCACUGGCUGGCCUGCAUAUGGUAUAGCAUCGGAGACUACGAGGUCAUUGACGAAGUCACGAACACCAUCCAAACAGACAGUUGGCUUUACCAGCUGGCCUUGAACAUUGGAACUCCGUAUCGAUACAAUAGCAGUGCAGGGAUCUGGGAAGGAGGACCCAGCAAGGACUCACUGUAUGUGUCCUCUCUCUACUUUACCAUGACAAGCCUUACAACCAUAGGAUUUGGAAACAUAGCUCCUACCACAGAUGUGGAGAAAAUGUUUUCGGUGGCCAUGAUGAUGGUUGGCUGUAAGUAUCUUGUUUUUUUUUUAAAAGAUAUUAUUUUUAGCAGUUUCCAGACUCUAAUCCAAGAUAGGAUUACAAUCAACUACUUUGUCUUCAGAAAG